AUGGGUAGACCCAUCACCGUGUCGUCCCAGAUUGAGAUCAAAGCCUCACCAGCUUCCGUCCGGUCAGUGUUUCUGGACUUUCCCAGAUAUAAAUAUUGGCAACAGGGUUGGGAGAUCACUCCCAACCGCCCAAACGAGACCAAGUUCAAUUUGAGCAUCGGAAGUCGUUUGAGAGUCAACAUCCAUGGAGAAAACUCAGCUGAAUGCUUCUCGUGGGAAGCAACUCUACCGGGCUUCUCUGGGAAACGCAACUUCUACUUCAGUCCGAGCAAAGUGAAUCCUGGUGCGACGACAUUCAUUCAAGAGGAGCAUUUCACGGGCGCUCUCACGCACAUGUUUGGGGCUUGGACCAAGAAGAAUCCCCAAAUGGUUUUCUGGGAUCUUUUCAAUGCAGCCUUAAAAAAAGAGGUCGAGACAUCCACCACGCAAACACCGGAGUUGGGAGACACUUCAAUGGACUCUCAGGCUUAUUAUACUCCUUCUCUUGCCUCAGAGCUUGGUGACACAUCUGUACAAGUCACGGGU